AUGAUUCACACUCUCUUGGUCACUGGUCUCAUGGCCGCCGGCGCCUCCGCCCAAGCCCGAUAUGCCUCAGACGGUUUCAAAUACGUCGGCUGCGUCCAGGCCAAGGCCUGCGACUUCCCAGUCAAAAUGGAUCUCGGCGACUCCUUCACCGUCGCUCAGUGCCAGCAGGCCUGUGGCAAGAACGGCUCCUACGCCGCGGCCGGUGUAAACGGCUGCUACUGCGAGGACUCCGUGUCCCGCGGCGCCCCCGAGUACGAGGUGACCGACGACUCGAGUUGCUCCAAGGCCUGCAAGUCGGGCGACGACAAGGCCGGACGCUGCGGCGGACCGAGCCCAGCCGACGGAGAGCAGCUGUACAACCUCUACCAACGGAUUCCCGCGGCCCCGACCGUUCCCAAUGUCACCACGACCCGUCUUGCCGAUAAGCCUGCCGCUGCCGCCGGCGAUGCCACGCCCGCGGCUCUCAAGACGAUUGCCACACACCCCACCGAGGCUGCCAGUACGCCCAGGACCGGAGCCGACGAGCCUCACGCGGCAUCCUUCAGGGAACCUACUCCGUCGGCGGCCGAGUCAAGGGGCGUGGCCUACUCGAACGACACGGCCCCUGCUCCUCCCGCGCCCGCCACUACAGCGUACCGACAAGAAGAGAGCAAGCCGUCUGCGUCUCCUCCAUCCGGCCCUUGCAGGGGGCGCGAAUGCCCGGAGGCAGAGGAGGUACCUUCUGAGUUUACGUCCAAAUUUGCUCCGGGCACUACUGCCAACAACAGCCCCAGCAGCCCCAGCCACUCGGUCAUUGUCAGCGAGGGUCCAUCCCGACCUGCCAGUGUCAUCACAGUAGCCCUGGGUAUGGCGGCUCUUGUUCUCGCCAUGGGAAUGUCUUGA